AUGUACAUGUUGCGUAAAGCGAUCUCCACUUCUCGGGUCCAAGUACUUGAUACUGAGAAUAGAGCACGAGAAGAUGAAUAUCUGUGUUGCUUCAUUGCAGGUACAUCGAGCACAUGCGCGGAAUCACGUCACUGCUUCCUGCGCGGUGGCAGCAUAUUGCAGCUGCAUUACAUCAUAGCCGAGUGCGAUACGCUCCCUGUACCUGUAAUCCGCAAAGUAGACGUCAAGGAAUCUCUUAAAUUCCGACACCGAUUAGCGUUUACGGUAACUUGUCCCAGUAAUCCACCAUUCGACGAUCGAAGCAUAGAGGUUGAGCGAUGCGCUUUAAAUCCG